UUUUUUGGGUAAAAAAUAAAUUAAUUGUUACAAGUAUAACAAUUGUUUACACUCUGCAACUAAGGUUAAUCAAAUAACAUGAAGUUAGUUCUAAGUUAACUGACAACUCUCGAAAUAAAUAUCGACAAUCGAUCGAGAUUCUCAUGAAGGUAGUCGCAUUAAUGGCUGCCGUGCGCGCGCUUGGGAGAAAGAUUGGCGUCUCACUCGCACCAGUGCAUCGUAGAUGAUGAUAGAGAAGGGACGUAAUAGCGUGUGAUUAAAUGGUCAGUGGUUAUUUGAAUUUAGAAAGCAUUUAUAAUAAAUUAUUUUAUUAAUAAGCAAAGUUUAUAAUGAAAUAUCGAAUAUAAAAAUUCUAUAAAUAUAUGUGAUUAGUUAUUGAUAUUAAUCAACUUAGAAAAAUAAUGAUUAGAGUGGGAAAAUAAUCUAACAAUUAAUCUUUAGUCAUUUGUUUUUUUACCGUUCCUGGCCUUCGUCGUGCCAUCUACAUCACGCGAAAUUCGAGUUUUCCGUCGUGAUCGCAGAACCCACGUUUUGUUUGGAUUUCGGAGUUGAAAAUAGUGUAUAUGGCAAUUGGUAUAAUUAACAAAUAGAUUAGUUAUUUACACUAAUAAUACAUGUUUGACAUUAAACAAAAUUGUCAUGACAUUUAUGCUUAAUAUUGUUAGGUUAAUAACUACAAAUCAUUCGAAGACAAGUGAAAAUGUGUGUGAAAGUGCUGUGCUAAUUUGUUAGUAUGAUUUGUUGUUGAAGUGACUUAAAAUUUAGUUAUUGUUUAUUUUUAUUGUUUAUUAACAUUAUUUAUUGUGGUAAAAGUGUAAAAUUGUGAUAAUUUAUAUAGUUAUUUAAUUUGGACAUUUAAAUUCAGUUGUGAUUGUCAUGGCAGAUACAAAUAUGAGUGUAACCUCUUUCAGUGAGGCUAAAGAUUGGAGAAAAACAAUAAUAACGCAAUUAAGGAGUAGAAACAAAUUACAAACUCAUUCUUUUUCGGAACUUAUUCAUUUACAUAAUCGACUCUUUGAGAAUGCAAAUACUUUGAGAGGAGAAAAUUUGCAAUUAACAGUUAACAUUGAAAAAUUAAGAUGCGGAGUUUCUGGAGGAACUGGAACAUCUGGUGCUAAUGCUGCUCUGGAAGCUCGAUUACUUGCUCAAGCUGAAGAACUAACGAUGUUGCAUAGAAGAAGAGGUGAACAUGCACAACAAAUUGUAGAUUUAAAUAAUAGAAUGCAGGAGUUAAUGAAAGAUCUUCAAAGCAAAGAAACUAGCUUGGCAGAGAGUAUAGAGUUAAAUGCUUCUUUACGAGCUGAGUUAACGAUAUGUUUAAAUAAAGAACGUGAAUUGUCAGAAGCUAAUCAAAUGCUUAGAGAUGAGUACCAAGCAUUGCAGCUAGCGUUUGCUUCACUUGAAGAAAAAUUACGAAAAGCUCAGGAAGAAAAUCGUCAAUUGGUAGAACGAUUAAUCAAAUGCAAAGCAAAAGAUGCAGAGAAAAUGAAUGAAGAAAAUGAUAAUUUUUUAAACGAGGGAUUUUCCAGUCCAACUGCCUUUUUGAUGCAAACUAUAUCAAAAUUUGGAAAAAGACAAGCUAAAGUUCAAAAAGACUUGGAGGAUGCUGCUAGAGACACCAGAGCAAUUAGUCCUGAUCGAACGAGUGUUAAAGAGGGAAUUGGUCUCCGCACUGCAGUUCCUACAGAAGUUACCGUUAAAUUUGGAGCACAUGACGGAGAAGUUAGUGCAGUUAAGUGGUCUCCAGUCGACAGGUUAUUGGCAACCGGUGGUGCUGAUAGGAAAGUCAAGCUUUGGGAUAUUUCUAAAGGAACUUUUGAAAGUAAAGGAAUGCUGAUAGGAAGUAAUGCUAGUGUUAUGUCCGUGGACUUUGAUUCAACUGGUACUUUGAUUCUUGGAGCGUCUAAUGAUUUUGCAAGCCGCGUCUGGUCAGUUAGUGAUCUUCGAUUAAGGCAUACCCUCACAGGACACUGUGCGAAAGUCUUGGCAGCCAAGUUCCUUGGAGAACCAUCUAAAGUCGUCACCGGCAGUCAUGAUCGUACGUUAAAAAUCUGGGAUUUACGCAGUCGCGCAUGUAUUGAGACCAAAUUUGCUGGAUCAAGCUGCAAUGACCUCGUCACAUCAGACGGCGCAGGCUCUACCAUAAUCAGUGGUCACUUUGACAAGAGAAUCCGAUUCUGGGAUACUCGAGCUGAAUCUAGUUCCAAUGACAUUGAACUACAAGGGAAAAUAACUUCACUUGAUUUAUCAAGAGAUGCCAAUUAUUUGUUAAGCUGUGUGCGAGACGAUACAGUUAAAUUACUAGAUCUUCGUAUGAAACAAAUUGUUGGAUCAUUUAGUGCGGAUGAAUUUAAAGUAGGCUGUGACUGGGCGCGAGCUACAUUUAGUCCAGACGGUCAGUAUAUCGCAGUCGGGUCAGCGGAUGGAUCAGUUUUUAUAUGGAAUAUCAUAACAAAUAAAAUAGAAACAGUACUGAAAGAUCACACAUUUGCGGUGACAGCGGUAGCUUGGCAUCCUCAUGGUACGUAUCUAGCAUCUGUGGACCGUGCGAAAAUGGCAACCGUUUGGGGAGACCACGUCUGACACAAGGAAUGAUUGUACUUGAGUCAAGGAAACAUCACAUUUACCCUUAAGAUUCUAUUCUUACCAGAAUUAUCCUCAGGGAUAAAAUGGGAUAUAUAUAAAACGACUUUUGUCCACUAUUCAAUUUUAUACUUGUGACUGUCAGAGUUAUUGAUGAUGUCGAGAUAUAUAAAUCAGAGUUAUUAAAAAAAAAGAAAAA